AUACCCCUAGACCAACGAGCCGCGUUAUUAAUGUUUGUUCUACUGGAAAUAUCUUUCGUAAUGGUGGCACCGCUGCCGAUCCAAAGUAUUAUCACUCAUUAUUUUAUGAUAAUUCCUGAUCAUAUGGUGUCGUGCAUGAAACAUGGCGGAACGGGGCCAGCGAGAUUUUAAUAGGACUGCGUUGACGGUUCGAUGUGGACAGGUAUGGUACACGGGCCAGCGAGCGGAGAAAAUUCCUGGAGGAUUAGUGGGUGUCGUCGGCAACAAUUGCACCAGCUUAGACCUCUCUUACAACGAACUAACCUCUAUCACCGCCGUCAGAGACUUCCAAAAUCUACAGGAACUGAUACUCGACAAUAAUAAACUUCGGGACCUGAAAACGUUGCCCCGAAUACCAACUCUGACCACUUUGAGCGUAAACAACAACAAGAUAACGGACAUAGACGCUCUAUUGAAGAGGAUAAGAGAAUGCUGCCCGAACGUGGUGUACGUGAGUCUACUAGGAAAUCCAGGAUGUCCCGAUCAAUUGACCAAUCCGUCGUCCACAGACGACGAGGAUUACAAUCGUUACAGGCUUUACGCGAUAUAUGUACUACCCCCGAGUCUUCGUUUUCUCGAUUCACGACCAGUUACGCGUCAGGAGAAAAUGGAUGCUGAAAGUCGGGGAAAAUACUCGAGAACGGUGAAACUGGUUCCAGAAUUAUCAUCGACCUACGUCUCCAGCACAAUGGACGAGUUCGACGAUAUAUUCUUCAACGUUCACUAUACGCCUUUGCCAACGUCGAUUCGCAAUCCCCUUGAUCACAAAGGAGCCUUUGGAAAAUGUAAACACCGAUAUUCCGGAAAGAAUUCCGAAGGAAACCGAUUCAUCUCGAACAGUGAUCUUUGAACACAGCCUGAGUAACUUAAAAACGUUUCUGGACGUAAGUUACAGCCAUGCUUUUUCAACGAAUGACGAAGUCAGCCUCGUGGAGUAAGUACGAUCAAAACGAUGCACAAAAUCUUCGUUCCUCACUCGAAGAUCAUCUCCCUGCCUGACGAUUGACAAUGUGUUCUUAUUUUAUUUUAUUAUGUUAUCUCGUAAUUGUUAUUUCUUUCUUAUUUUAUGUAUCAAAUAAAACGUAAUUCGGCAAUA